AUGUAUAUAACGAAAUACGAUGAAGAAAAUAAACUGUGGAGUGGUCGGGGUGAUAAACCGUUAUACAACCCAGAGAUUUCAUUGGCCCAAGUACUGUUCAGUGCAAUGGAACUGCAUGCACCAAAAAUAGCUCAAAUUAGUGAUAAUAAUGGAAUCGAGAUGACCUUCGAUGAAAUUCGCCUUAAAACGAUCCGUGCCGCGCAAAACCUUCAAGAGCUUGGAUAUCAACCGAAACAGGUGUUCGCGUUCAUGAUAAGAAAUUCACAUCAUGUCGCUCCAACUGUGUUUGGUGCAAUAAGUAUUGGGUGCUCGGUCAAUUCGCUCGAUCCCUCGUUUGGGAAGACGGAGCUUCUUCAUAUGCUGGGAACUACAAAACCAGAUUUAAUGUUUUGCGACGUUGAAUCCUACGAAUUGGUGAAGGAAUGUUUGGUGCAAUUGCAAAAUGAUGCAAAAAUAUUCACGUUUGGCGGCAGUGACGGUGAGUCGGAACCGGUUGAAAAUUUAUUUGCCGAAACUGGCACGGAAAGCAGCUUCAUGCCUGUCGAAGUCGAUGCGGUCAACGACACUGCUUUGAUCGUUUGCUCUAGUGGUACUACUGGACUGUCGAAAGGCGUGUGCCUAUCGCAUGCGGCAGUAAUUGAUGGAAUGGUGAAGCUCGGUACGACCAUUUCCAGCGACGUUAUGCUUUGCUUUAGUUCACUUUAUUGGAUAACUGGUUUUGUGACAUUAUUGAAGGGUACCAUGUCUGGUGCAACUCGAAUUAUAACAACGGAAAUUCAUUCACCGGAACUACAACUUGCCUUAUAUGAAAAAUAUAAAGUGACAUGGGCGCUCUGUGCACCAUAUCACAUAAUUUUGAUGAUGAAAAGUGAAAAAUUUGCUGAAACUGAUUUAUCCAAUCUAAGAGUACAAACGGUUGCAGGAAGCAAAUUUCCACUUCAUGUUAAAAACGAAAUAAACUCUCACCUACCGAACGGAAGUGCUGGUUCUUUCUAUGGCAUGAGCGAAACUUGUGGCGUCAUUUGUGGUGAAAAUCCUCAUUCAAGUGGCAGCGAUGGUGUUGGCCAGUUGCUUUCUGGAGUUAAAAUGAAAAUUGUUGACGAUCAAGGCAAUCGAUGCGGGCCAAAUGUUGAUGGUGAGAUAUGCUUACAACAGAACUUCAAAUUCCUUGGAUAUUAUGGCAAUAAGCAAGCAACCGAUGAGCUAUAUGAUGAUGAAGGUUUCAUUAUGUCUGGUGACAUUGGCCACUUCGAUGAUGAUGGAAAUUUGUAUAUUAUCGAUCGAAAGAAAGACCUCAUGAAAUAUCGUGGUUUCCAAAUUUCUCCUUCGGAAAUGGAUGCUUUCUUGAUUGAAUCGCCAGACAUAAAGUCGUCAUGCGUUGUUGGCAUACCCGAUGAAUUGGGCCCUGACUUACCGGCUGCGGUUAUUGUGCGCGCUGAUGGAUCGAAUAUUUCUGGAGAAGAAGUUUAUGAUAUGGUCGCAGAACAUUUUGCGGACUAUUACCACCUUCGAGGAGGCGUCUAUUUUGUCGAUUCGUUGCCAACAACUCUCUCUGGGAAAGUGCUGAGAAGGAAGGCCAAGGAAAUGGCCAUCGAAUUAUUCAAAGAACACAGUGGCUAAAUUUUUAGUUUGCAACUAUGCUAGCAGUAUGCAUGUGGGACAUUUUUUUUCGAACAGAUCAAAUAUUCUUAAAACAUAUUUUAGUUAAACAUUUUUCUUAAUUCUGCCAAACACAAAGCUUUAAGACUAAUCUAUCGCAUAAGAUCUAUUUGAAAAUAUAUUGUAACAUUUUCAAUAACUUAUAUAAUCAGAAUGCUAUUUCUGGUGCACAGUUAGAUAGUUCAGUAGAAAACCGAAACAUUUCAGUUAACCAUAGUCAGAAUUUUUGACUCAAAAAAAAUUUGUGUCAAGUUGUGUGCAAUUCUCAAAUAAUCAACUAGUAGUCGAAUGACCAUAGUUUUAUAUAAGAGGGUUAUAGUUGCACAGUUAAUAAUAUAUUAUUAACAUAGCCCAUUUUGUGCAACUUUAAAGAGGGUCAGUAAUACAUAUAAACGCUUUAAUAAUUUAUUGAAUCACAAACGGUUAUGAAAUAUGCAAAGAAUAAACAAAAUGCAAAUAUCUAGUCACAAGAACUAUCACACAUUCUUUGUAUUGCAAAUUUAUAUGUCAAUCUUUGUGUUUCAAAUAUACUAUUAUUAUAUAACUUUUUGAGUUUACUGAGUCAAAAUAAUGUUUGAAGUUCAACACAGAAAUGUAAUUAGUUGACAAUUAUGCCUACUUUGCGAUUCAAAAGUACACUCUUUGUUAUGCUUGUAAUCCAUAAAAGUUGAUAUUAUUUAAAUAAAAAAACUAAUUAUUGUAGCAACGGCC